GAGGCAGCCCGCUCUAGACCUACGACGUGUAGUGCGUCUGCUUCCCUCCUGCAGGGGCACUCCUCUCCCCCUUCCAAGGCGGCGUUUUUGCAGGCUUUCUUUCCUAGCAUCCUCCCAGCUUUCUCUCCCGGCCAUGCCUGCCUCCUCCGCUUGCUUCCCCUUCUUCCUCCUCCUGCUGCAACUGCUGCCUCUGCCUGAGGCGUGGGGUGCGGGUACUGACCCGCUCCGGCCCUUCGACCUGCUGUACGCGGACGGGGUGCGGGCCUACUUCUCGGGGGACUGGCCGCGAGCGGCGGAGCUGCUCCAGCGCUCCUUGCACAGCCACGCGCGGCUGCUGGGCGCGCGCCGGGGCUGCCAGCGGGGCUGCCAGGACGAGGCCCGCUUCGGGGCAGGGCGCGCGCCGCCCCCGGGGUCCUGGGAGACCGGCUUCUUCGAGCGCGUGCUGCUCCGGGCCGAGUGCCUGGAGGAAUGCCUGGGGCGCCAACUGGGCGGGCAGCCCUCCCUCCACCGCGCCAGCCCCGAGAUCCAGCGGGACUUCCAGCAGCGGGAGCCCUACAACUACCUCCAAGUGGCCUUCUUCAAGCUUAAGAGAUUGGAUGAAGCAGUAUCUUCAGCUCACACCUUCUUUGUGGCCAACCCACAACACUUGCAGAUGCGUGAAGACAUAGAGAAAUACCAUCGUAUGGCUGGGGUGAAAGCAGAAAGUUUUCGGGACCUGGAGGCCUUACCACAUUGGGUGGCAUAUGAAGCUGGGGUGCACCAUUACAGUCAGGAUGACUACCAGCAGGCGGUGGUAAAGCUGGAGGAAUCACUCAGAGAAGGACUGCAGGCACUGGAGGACUGCAGGGCUCUUUGUGAAGGACCUCAGAAUGAAGAGGAGGAGAAAGAGGAGGAGGCUCAGCUUGGCCUUUAUGAAGCAAUUGCAGCCCAUUACAUCCAGGUCUUGAAGUGCAGGCAGGAGUGCAUCCUCGGCAUUGCCACCAAGCCAGGGAGGGUAUCAUCCACAGAAGACUUUGUUCCAUCUCAUUUUGAUUUGCUGCAGUUUGCUUAUGACAAAGUUGGGAAUCACGCUGCUGCUGCGGAAUGUGCAGCUACCUACUUGCUCUUCUUCCCGUCAGAUGAAGGGAUGCUCGGAAAGCUGAAACGGUUUCAAGCAGAGAUUGGGGAAGAAGCAACCGUUACAGCCAGAAAGGCCAUUCGCCUUUAUGUGCAGCGAUCUCUUCUGGAGAAGAAAUUGAUUUACUAUGCAGUGGAGCACCUUGGCGAGAGUUUUAAUGACCCUGAAUCGUGGACUCCUGAGGAAAUUAUCCCUGAAAGCAUAAAGGAAAAAUACAAGGAAGAUCAAGAGAAGCAACAUGUGAAGACUCCAGAUAUGGGACACCAGGGUCAGAGGGAGCCACUUCCCUUUGAGGGCAUCACCAUUACCAUGGAUUCCCAGCAACUCAAUGGUUCUCAGAGGGUCGUCUUGGACAGGGUCCUGACUGAAUCUGAAUGCAAAGACAUCCUCCGUUUGGCUGAGGCAGCUGGAGGAACAGGAGAUGGAUAUCGUGGUAGGCGUUCCCCUCACACCCCGCAUGAGAGAUUUGAAGGCUUAACAGUAUUAAAGGCUUUGAAGCUGGCAGAGGAGGGGGCUGUGAACUGGAGGGAUGCUAAGUUACUUCUGCAAGCCAGUGAAAAAUCCAGGAAGAUUGUAGAAUCCUAUUUCACUCCUGGGAGAGACCUUCAUUUUUCAUUCACUCAUCUUGUGUGUCGCACUGCUGCAGAAGGAGAACAGGAUGGUCGGAUGGACCUUAGCCACCCAGUGCAUGCCGACAAUUGCCUUUUAGACCCAGAAGGAAACACAUGUUGGAAGGAGCCCCCUGCCUACGUUUACAGAGACUACAGUGCAAUCCUCUAUCUGAAUGACGACUUCCAAGGGGGGAACCUCUUUUUCACCGAAACAGAUGCCGUGACUGUGACGGCCCAAGUGCGUCCUAAAUGUGGGAGACUGGUGGCUUUCAGCUCUGGUGGGGAGAAUCCACAUGGGGUUUGGGCCGUGACCCGUGGGAGGCGCUGUGCCAUUGCCCUCUGGUACACCCUCUCUCCGGAGCAUGCAGAGCAGGAACGGGCUCCAGCAGAAGAACUGAUGAGACAGAAGGAGAAAGAACAAGAAUCUUCGCAGCCAGAUGACAAAGGCAAAGCUGGCCCUGGAUAUAGUGAUAGGGACUCACCAGAGCCUCCUGUUCCCAAGGGAAGAGCCAGAUCCCACAGCCAAAGGACAAGAGCAGAUUUGGGGUCUGGAGUACAAUCCACGCGGCUGCGUGCCAGAGAUGAAUUCUGAGCAUAUUCAUCAUGUGCGCGUCAGAGACCCAUAGAAAUGAACAAUCUGUUAGUGUUUGUAGCAGUGCCAGCCUUUCUACAAUGGACUUCAUAAGUCUGCUGUAUUAAGAGGAUGUGAGAAUCCAACUUUCUGCCCUGGGCUACACUCACCAUGUUAACCUGAGAAUCACUUUUGUAUUAGCCAGGAGGCCAGGCCUGCGAGACAGUGUAGAAGAGUGGCUAAAAGAGACUGAUCCUGUUCAAAUUUACCAUUGCUUACAAGCCAAAGUUCUCUCUAAGGCUGUAUUGUGACACUUGAGUGUCUUGGCUGUAGUAUGUAGGUGUGUCACACAAAUAUGAGUAGGAUGAAAGUCUUGAAAAUGUAUAUUAUUGUUUUUACAAAUCAUAUAUUUUUUAAAAUAUGAAUAAAAGGUUUUCAUGAGA